UUCAUGCCGGGCAAGAUGGCGGCGAUACGGACGUGGUGUUAUUGCCAGUGGACAUAAAAAGGAAUUUUAUUCAAAAUUUAAAACCGAGUCAGAUACAUUUUUACACUUGCUCGUAUUGUAUGUGUGUUUACCACGUAACGACUGUCGACGUCUUUUUUAUUUUACGCGGUUCAACGUUUUUUUCUCACAAGAUGUUCACGUUGUAGCUCGCUCGCUAACCGACCAGCUGGCUAACAGAGAGCAGUUACUAGCUAGCUAGCUAUCCAUCACAGCCAAGCCGCCGUGAAGUGUAGAAUGGGAGAAAAGCUGGAGCUCAAGCUCAAAUCGCCGGUUGGAGCAGAACCUGCUGGCUAUCCUUGGCCAUUACCAGUAUACGAUAAACACCAUGAUGCUGCUCAUGAAAUCAUCGAGACCAUUCGGUGGGUGUGUGAGGAGAUCCCAGACCUCAAACUGGCAAUGGAAAACUACGUUCUCAUUGACUAUGACACCAAAAGCUUCGAGAGUAUGCAGAGACUUUGUGACAAGUACAACAGGGCCAUUGACAGCAUUCAUCAGCUAUGGAAGGGAACCACCCAGCCCAUGAAGCUGAACAAGCGCCCCUCUAAUGGGCUGCUGAGACACAUCCUACAGCAGGUGUACAACCACUCAGUGACUGACCCGGAGAAGCUGAACAACUAUGAGCCCUUCUCCCCUGAGGUGUACGGAGAGACCUCUUUUGACCUGGUGGCUCAGAUCAUUGACGAGAUGGAAAUGAUGGAAGAUGACACCUUUGUUGACCUUGGCAGUGGAGUGGGGCAGGUAGUGCUGCAGGUUGCAGCAGCAACCAACUGCAAACACUACUAUGGUGUAGAGAAAGCAGACAUUCCAGCUACCUAUGCAGAGACCAUGGAUAAAGAAUUUAAGAAGUGGAUGAAAUGGUAUGGGAAGAAACAUGGGGAGUACACACUGGAGAGAGGAGAUUUUCUCUCUGAAGAAUGGAAAGAAAGGAUCGCCAACACAAGUAUUAUUUUUGUGAAUAACUUUGCCUUUGGUCCAGAGGUAGAUCACCAGCUGAAGGAGCGCUUUGCUAACAUGAAGGAAGGUGGGAAAAUUGUAUCCUCCAAACCUUUUGCACCUUUAAAUUUUAGAAUAAACAGUAGAAACUUGAGUGAUAUUGGCACAAUAAUGCGUGUGGUGGAGCUUUCUCCACUGAGGGGCUCAGUGUCCUGGACAGGAAAACCAGUUUCCUACUACCUGCAUACCAUAGACCGCACCAUACUUGAAAACUAUUUUGCUAGUCUCAAAAAUCCUAAACUCAGGGAGGAGCAAGAGGCAGCUAGGCGACGUCAGCAGAAGGAUACGAAGGACAGUAAAAGCAAUACCACCACGCCCACGAAACCGAAAGAACAAAACAAGCAGGACUCCUGUGGUGAGGAGGAGCGUCCUAGCUUGGUGACAGUGGUCAAGCCCACUGCCAAACCCAGAAGAGCCCGACUCUUGUCCAAAGGUCGUAAGUUGAACAACAAGAAGCGUGGUCGCCCCAAGAAAGCUGCCCCGGCUGCUGAGAGGAAAAAGAAAAAUCAGAGUGCGCUGGAUUUGCUGCACGCCAAGACCCUUUCUGCAGCACCCCCUCAGGAUGCAUACCGCCCACCUCAGAGUCCCUUCUACCAGCUACCUCCCAAGGUCCAGCACUAUCCCCCGAGUCAACUGCUGCUGAGCCCGACUCCACCUGGUCUGCAACAACUGCUUGAUAACAUCAAAGUUCAAUACCUCCAGUUUAUGACCUACAUGAAGACUCCUCAGUACCGCUCCAACCUGCAACAGCUGUUAGAGCAGGAGAAGCAAAAACACAGGGACCUGUCAGGGCAGGCGGAGCAGCUCCACUCUGUCUGUCAGUCUCACAAGGACAAGAUCAAAGGUCUCUUUCAGACCAAACUAGAUGAGCUGGGAGUGAAAGCCCUGACUGUGGAGGAUCUGCUGCAGGCUCAGAAGGAGAUAUCAGCUCACAACCGUCAGCUGAAAGAGCAGACUAAGCAGCUUGAGAGAGACAUGGCGUUGCUUAGAGACCACAGCCUGCUUCUGCUGAAGUCUCGAUGCGAGGAGCUGAAGCUAGAUUGGGGCUCUUUGUGUUUGGAAAGUUUGUUAAAGGAGAAGCAGGCACUGCGCAGACAAAUCUCUGAGAAACAGAGACACUGCUUGGAGCUGCAGAUCAGCAUUGUGGAGCUUGAGAAAAGUCAAAGGCAGCAGGAGCUACUACAGCUCAAAUCCUACAGCCCCUGCGAGGGCUCCCCAUACAGAAAGAGUCUGGAGUCACGCUCUUCCACUGACAUGGACCCCUCUAAGCUUGGCCUGUCCUCAGCCCCAGCCCUCAAUGGUGUCAGCCCGGAGCUUUCUAUCAAUGGCACCAGCUCACCCUGUUUUGACCGGGCCAACACCAAGGGGGAGCUUCUUUCUCGCUACCUGCCCAUCUCUCCUGAUCACGAGAUCGUGCCUGCCAUCCCUGAUGCUCGGCAGAGGCAGCAAAGCUUCUCCCACGCGCUUCCUGACUACACACGCUUCUCCCCAGCCAAGAUUGCCUUGCGGAGGCACCUUAACCAGGACCCAACUGCCUCUGCUCACUUGAGAGGUUCGGGGCUGACCACACACAGGGAUUUGGGUGGUAUUAACUCUCCCCUUGGAGCCAAACAGAACUGCCCCUCUCCUAAUGCAUCUGAUGCACAGAAAGGUUCAGAGAGGGGUGGUAAGGAGAGGAGUCCGUCUGUUCAGGGUGACAACAGUAUCACAAGCCUUCCAAUUAGCAUCCCACUGAGCACUGUCCACCCAAGUAAAUUACCAGUCAGCAUCCCACUGGCAAGCGUGGUGCUACCCAGUCGUGCUGAGAGACUGAGAAGUACUCCGAGUCCUGUCUCUCAGGCAGGUCAGACCAAUGGAUAUUCAUCCGGCUCAGGGCUGAUGAAUGGAGGUCCCCACCCAGAGGAGCAUAAUGGUGCUUCUUCAUCACCUCCUCCACACAGCAACACUUCUCUGACAGGACCAAUAGGCCGAGGAGGUCCCAUCCAGAGCCCCCCACUCGGUACUGGAGGGGUGCUCCAGUAUGCAGAUGGACCACCAAGGAUUCUCCCAGAAGACGGACAAGACCGUCAGGGGGGUGAAUCAGACAACGAGCCCCAGGACAGUGAACUGCGGAGGAGAAUCUUCUUCUCUUCCUCUUCCUCUUCAUCUUCGUCUUCCUCUUCGUCAGGCAGUGGAGGCAGCACGGCUGGAGGAUCGCGCCUCCACCAUCACAUUGGCAACUCAGCCAAGCAGGGAUACCACAGUAACCAUGGAAACCACCACCACCAGUCCCCCGGCACACAGCACACUCACACACCCACACAUACGUUGUCAUCACAUUCCUCUCACAGUCUUGGUUCUCAAGAGGGACGCAAGCGGGGGAGAAGGAAACGCAGCUCUGCAGGGGCUGUCACAGCCAGCGGAUCCCCAAAGAGGAGGUCAUUCCCCGGGCUCAGCUCCAACAACCACUCCUCAGGAUCGCCACUUAACAUAAACUCCAUGGUUAGCAACAUCAACCAGCCUCUGGAGAUCUCUGCCAUCUCCUCCCCAGAACAAUCAAGCCGCAGCCCAUGUGGGCCUGACCUGGACCAGCCUCCCAUCUUGAAGAGAGAACGCCCCCUGGAGCUCAAUGGCACAGGUCGUUACUCCUCAGCCCCCAGCUCUGAUGAUGAGGACUCAGGAUACCCUGCUGACAGCUCCAGUUCACGAAUUGAAAGAAAAAUUGCCACUAUAUCCUUGGAGAGCAGAGAUGGACCAGGCAGAUUAGGGGAUAGUGAAAGAGGCAGAAAAUCUGGUAGCAGCAGUGGAAACAGCACAGGCAGUGAGGCCUCCUCUUCGUCCUCUUUGUCCUCUACCAGCAAGUGGAAAUCAACCUUUUCACCUAUUUCUGACCCUAAGCAACCCAACUCUGACCUGAGGCAGGGGGGCUCUCCAUUUGGCAUGGGGGGAUCAACCCGGGGCACAGACUCAGAUUCUGACCACAAACAACAGCAUCAGCAGGUGAGAAAAGGGAGCGAUGGAGAAUCGUCCAGCUACAUGACUCCCAAUCCCUUCCUCAGUCAGGAGCCAGGGAACCGGGGUGGAGGCAGUGGUGGUGGAGCCCAGGGAGGCAGUGCCUCAGACCAACGCCAGGCCCUCCAGAAGCAGAAGGCCCCUCGCGAGUGGGAGCUGAAGACAAGCAACAGCCUGGCCAGUCAGAAUCUCUUCAUUUCUGCUGCUGCCAGCAGUGGAGGGGGGAUUCUGAGUGGGAAGGUGGGAGGCAGUCCUGUAUCAGUUUCCUCAACCACAGGGUCAUCUGUAGGACAGUACCUGGGGUCUCAGUUCCCACUUGGAGGGACGUCAGUCUUACAGUCCUUGUUCGGGGCCCAGACAGGCGGAUCCACGGUGAGUGGGACCCCACGGCUUGUCAACGGACACUCUGCCCUGGGAAGCUUCUCAAGUGCUGGGCUGGCAGGGGGAGCGGCUGGAGGUAAUUGAUGAAAACUACCUCAACAUUAAAUAAACUAUGCAAAUGUCCAGGUGUGGACCAAGGCACUCUCCUCACUCACUGGUGCUUCAAAACAUCUGCACUACCCAACCGCCUCCAAGACCGGCUUCUGUACUGGGAUUUCUUGACACACACGCAUAUACACACACACACACACACACACACACACACACACACUCACACACACACACACAAACACAUACAUACAUGCUUACUCACUUACAUACUAACCACCACCACCACUAUGGUCACAUUGAGCAGAAUUCAUUGGUACUGGUCAUGUUUAUGUGUGGAGUUUUAGUUAAUAUGUUGGCUUGAAGAUUUUACAACAUGGAAAUAAGUGCUGGCUAAUGCCAGGCACUGAAUGAACUGAAUUAUCACAUAUGGUUUAAUAUUAAGGUGCUCAUUAGUAUCAUAGUUAGUCAUUUCUUUGUCUUAGCCAGGAUACAGCGUCUAGUGUUCUGCCAAAUGAUCAGUUUUGAGUGAUUCUUUUUGUAACAUUUAACAACCUAUUGAAGCACACAGUCAACCUUUUUGAGCUGAAUCUCAUUGAGUGUCACCCUCCCUCCAGAGUUUCAGUUCAUACAUGUGCAUGUGUGUGCGCACUCAAACACACAUGCAGGCCAGUGCAUUGAACUCUGUUCAGAUGUCAUGCAGCUUUUCCUCUCUGCAUGUGUGCUCUGUUAUCUAUGUUUUUCUUCCUUCAGUGAAAAUCAGAUCAGUGUUUGUUGCAGCAUAUUUGACUAUGAAACAAGAUGAGGAUUUUGGUCUAAGUUCACACUGGAUAGUAAAAUAGUUUCUCAUGUAGCAGAAAAUGUAGAAAUCCUGGCUGGAUUGUUGACACCCCUGAAACUUUGGUUAUGUUGAUUAUUUGCUAUAUUUUUAUAUUGAAAAAAAUAAAAACAUUUGGUUACUCACUUUUAAGGUUUUUUGCUUAAAAGCAAAGUCUUAAAAAAUCCUAAAACACUUUUCUUGCUGCCCUUUUUGACUCACGAAACAGAUAAAUAAUUUUCCUUUCUUUGCUACUAACUGGAGCAAAGCAAAACAUUCUGAGUUAUGAAAAUAAUUCUUGAGCUGUGGUACAGGGUUUCUUAAGAUAUUUAACAUAUCAGUGACGGUUUCUUUGUUUACGCAAAAAGGAGGAAGGAGGAAUUAUCAGGCGUAUUUCACAUCUAAAUGAUUGAAUGAUGAAUGUUGUGGAAAUCUUAAAAAAAAGAUAAAGACUCAGGCCUGUCUUUGUGGUUUUUAUUCAACAUAGCAUUUGCAAAUGGGCUCAGCACUUAUACAGAGACCAAAGGUCCUCACAAAGGGACAGCCUUGAAAUUGGAAUAAUUCAGUCUCUUAUACUGUCACAAACAAAGAUGUGGGAGUAUCCGCCUCUAGCUGGCAGUUGAUGGUUUCACCAAGAACUACUCUUUUACCACAGUCAAGGGCAAUCCAGCUCUUAUUGGGCAGCUCAUCAACUACAAAGAGGUUCAAAUGAGUUUACAUGACACAUAUGAUGGAUACAUUUUCCCAUUACAAUAAGAAGACAAGUUAAAAAAUAAAAUCACUAAACUUUUCCAAUACAAUGAAGAAUAUGGAAGAACAUCAGUGUAUAGUAUGAUGUCCUUGCACAAAAUGCUCUGAUUUCAACUUUAGAAAUAUGGUGAAUUAGCAACAUUUCCAGGGGUGCCAAUAACACAGAGCAGAGCUGAAUACAUUUUAAUGUUUUUUUUUAAAGACCCAGUGAAAUUCAUUUAAUGAGAUGGUGCUCUGUGUAGAUACUGUUAGCCGCUCUCGUAGAAACCCACUGUUAGUGUUAGUGAGAGUUGUGGCUGCACUGUUGUUAAGUGAAGCUGAAACCAGGUGUAAAAGAGUAACCGUAAAACCACAGAAGAUUUAACUAAUUUCUGUAUUUAUUAACAUUUUCUUCUAAAGUCAGUUUGCUAAAUCACACUACUCUGUGGGGCCACGGCAGAAAUAUUCUUACAGCAGGAAUUUUUAACUUUUCUUAAGCUAAACUUAUUCAUAUUUAUUUCUGCUGUUGGUAAAUGCAGGUUUAAGCAAAAUGUGUAAGGCUCAAAUGUGGACAAGUGUAUGUGGAAUUAUACUGCAUUUAGUUUAUACAACAACAAGCACACAUAACACACUCAUGCAUGCAAAUCCUCACACACUGGGAAAACACGAUUAACCAUAACCACAACAAACUACUGGACUCUUCACACCUUUUUGUUUGCUUUUUUAAUUGUGUAAUUUGUUUUUUGUAAACAAUGUUUGUACUGUGAAUGUGAUUAAUUCUCCAACUGUAUAGUUGUGUAUAAUUUAGAUUAUUAUAUUUAUGCUGUCAGUCUCUCCAUUUGCCUUGGUAUUUGUUUUUCUCUUUUUUUAAUCCUGAAAUGUGUUGACAUUGUAGAAUGCAAUAGUGUGUGUACUUGACUCACAGUCUGAAAACAAUGGUGCUAAAUUUGGACUGUGCCUGAAUUUAUUUAUUCUAUAGUGAAAACAUCAAAAACAAAUCAAAUACUUGGUGCUGUACACAGGGACAUUUGUAAAGCCUUUUUUUUUUGGCAUUUCCUUUCUCAUAUUUAAUAUGCUAUUGUCUGGUUCUUUGAAUGCCGAGUGUACAACGGUAGACACCAAUUUUCGAUAAACUACUCUGCAACAGCUGGCUCAGUAAACAGGUAUAAGGGGCCUCUGUUCAUGUUUCUCACGCAGCUGUUUUAACCAUGCAUCAGCCCGCUUUGCUCUCAAUAGCGAGCUGCUUAUCUGUAAGUGAACAAGACACACUGUUUGUACAUAACUUUUUGUUUUCCUUGUAUGUCUCCAUCAUAAACAGAAAGGUAUAUAAAAUAUGUAUCUAUAUACAGUCUAUAUAUAUAUAUAUAUAUAUAUAUAUAUUUGAGUAUAUAUAUAUAAGUGAAUAGGGGUGUUUUGGUGCUGGCAUUGUGACCCUUAAUUUCAACCUGUUAAACAGGAGGCUUGAAGCCAAGGAGAGUAAAGCAUUGCCACCACAGGACCUUAGCAAAUGGAGCCUAACAACAUGGCGACACAACAGCGCCUGUGUCUUUGUGAUAUAUUCACCACAGAACUAGAAACUCAGAAGCUGUGUGUGUUUAACACACAGAGAUGCCGUGGCUUAAACACAAUUAGAUUCCAGCACUAGAACUUUUAUCACUUUUAUCAGAUGUUUUAACGUCUUUGUUUUAUUUUUUUAAUUGUUUUUUCUACCAACCCAGAUUCUGCAGGAAAAAAUGGUGCUUCUGUUUCCAGACAAUGGCAAUUCAGAAUUUACUGACUAAAUCUUUACUGGUGCAUACAGAACUAAGUGUCAACCUCUUUACACGCACUGUCUGUAGAUGUCUUACUGACGAGGCCCUCCCUCGUAAUGUAAGCAUACUGUGAGACAUGCUGGUGAAAACACUUGAGUUAAGGGUGUGUUUAGGCAUCACUUGGUUGGGAGUGAGAGCAGCCAAGCUUGUUUUGUGUCUCUGAUAGUGGGAAUACACUUAGCUCAGUUUGUGUGUGUGUGCUUUUUUCCCACUUGCCAGUGCAUAUCUAAGGGAAGAUUAGAGUAAUAAUCAAAGCUUUAUUGUAAACUCCUCUCCUUUGCACUCACUCUGUAAACACAGAUGUGUUUCUCACCUGCGAGUGUUAAAGUGAAAAGAAGAAAGUCAUUUUAGAACCUAAUUAGAGACGAUAGAGUCCAUUUACCAGCACUGAGAGGUCCUUUGUAAUUAUUGUUGAUGCUGUUAUGAUUUUCUUAUUCUUGGUGUUUGAUACAAUUGCAGUUACAUGUUAUGCUUUUAAUUGUCUUCAGAUUCCUGUCAGUUUUUAAUACUACUAGUCAGACAGACAGCACGGUGCUCUCCUUCACUUAAAACAAGGAAAUUGCAGCUAUUGAUACUAAAAUACUACUCUUCCCCUGUUGUGCUGCAGGGUUUUACGGUUUAAUAAUCCUCAACACAAGCUUGCCUGGCGGCUAUCUGGAUGGUCCAAUCUAACCUGCGGAAGUUUCGCUUCACCUGGUGGGGCGCUGUGGUGUAUGUGUUUGUGAGAAUAGUUUGUUGAAACGGCAGAUGUUAUAUUCGUUGCAGAUUGCAACCAGUUUUGUAGCUACUUGGAUAAUCAGUUAAAGGGAUGAGGUGCUGUUUUCAAAGUCCUUUGGUGUAUGAUCAUGAUUUGAACUUAAAGCUUCUAUGCAGUUCUCCAGCAUACUCCAUCCUGGUACAUUAUUGGUAGAUAAUCUGUGAGAGCGUUGCAGUCGAGGCUGUUUACUCUAAAUCCUGCCAAAGGUCUUAACUCAGGAACUUCCCAGAUUGACUUGAAAUGAUGUAAAUGGUUCUCUUCAAACUACUGCAUGUCACAAACCUAUUUCACCAUCGUGUGGCAUGAUGAAGUCCCUCUCAAACCCAACUCAGGACCAAGACAAACCCCUCAGUAAGGGUAUUUCAAGAUAAAAAUUAGUCAUCUGUCUUGUCAGAGUCAUUCUCACUAUCACAUACAUCCAGCCUCUCCAGUGAAAUCCAGCUUUAUAAAGCUUUAUGAGUCAGUCUGAUCUCGAGAAGCUGUGAAAUGGCUAUGACUUUCAGCAUCUUCCUCAUCUCACAAUUGCCUCCGUCUAGAUUUGUGUCACAAAGAAGGAGGUUCACCGUCCUUUGUUGGGAUCCCCUCCAUUCGUUGGGGGUGGUCGGGUGGGGUUAAUGGACAUUAAAGGACAGAGGUGAACUAGAGUAUGUGUGUUGUGAUCUCUGAUUGGUGAAGCCAGGGCAGGUUUGAGGUGCAAUAACGGCAAACCUACUUUCCAAAAGGCCCCGGGUUUUCAUGGAAAAAUUGUUACUGUUAGGUGUUGGUGCUUUUAUCCUAAGAUGUUAUAAUGAAACAAAUGGAAUUAAUGUUUUUUUUCUGCGUUUUAUGAUUAUUAAUAAAAAAUGUUUCAUAUAAUAUUUGAAUUAA